UCCUUUGAGAGAAAACCUAGACAGCAGAAAUCCCCAAUCCAAAUCGAGGAUCCAUGGAGACGGAGGGCGGCUCCAGUGGGUCGCCGUCGAGCGGGUCGUCCGCCAAGUCCUCAGGCUCAAGUGGGUCGUCUUCGAGCGGGUCGGCGGCGCCGGCGAGGACGAGGAAGCCGGGGACAUGGAGGAGGCUCCCGCGUGUCCCGCGCGCCCCGACCCAUGCCAUCAAGGAAAGGGGGGAGAUGGGGAUAUGGUUCAUAACGCCUGAGGAGUUGCAGCGGCAGGCCCGGGAGCGUGCCAACGAGCUGGAGAAGAUGGACGACAGCGGAUGCGACACGGAGGAGGCCAAAAUCGCCUUCCGGGCCUUCAAGGAGGAGCAUCUCCGCUUGGACCGCUGGAUCGCCAAGGGCUGGCCGGAGCAUAUAGUCGUCAACCGCACCAAGCACUUCAGCGACACACAGGAGGAGUACUUGACCGCUGAGGACAUGGAGGCACGCUUCGCUCAUCGUGACCCCACUUUGCUUCACGUCGAGCAACUAGAACACUUUGCUCACCUUGCCUUGACGCAUUACAAUGCCAGAAGGACCGAGCACAAGUUUGACAUUGCUCAAGCCUUGACGUCUAACUGCUUCUCUGAGGCGUGCGGGACGACAUAUGCUCAUGUCAACUUCACCGCCACUCCCCGGAACAGUGAUGACCCUACAAAGAGGCUGUUCUUUGCUGAGCUCAUGCUCGUCCCAGAGCUCCAGCUGCAGGAAGAUAAAGAGCCUAUGCGUGUGCUGCAUGUCUCGACCAUUGAUGAUGUUCCCUGUUUUGGUGGAUGCCAUGAGAUAUAUCGGAAGAUCAACCACAGGAUGAGGGGCGACAUGGAUUACGAGCGCUGCCAUGCGUGUCACAGCAUUCUGAAGCAUCCAAAAGGAGAUCUCUUCAUCGGAGGGCAUGAUAGCACGAGGAUGCCUUACUACUCUGCAACCUGAAAUCUGAAUUGGUACCAAUUUGGAGGUUACCCCUAUAAUAAAAAAACGAUUUGGAGGUUGAAAUCACCAUCACGUGUGAUGUGAUGAUAAAUUAUUGUCAUGUAUGUUGUGAAUUAGUACAACAUUGAAAAUUGUCGUGA